UGCUGACGUGAAAAAUGGGGUCAGAACUUAAUCUGAAGUCUGUUUAACAUCAAGCAAAAUUUGCUCACAGAACGAAGUAUCAGUUACAAAAUGAGUCCGGUUCAUAUUCUCCUAAUCCUCAGUCUUUCCGAGUUCGCAAACUCUAUCACUCGAAAUUAUUAUAUCGCAGUCAAAGAAGAAACAUGGGAUUACGCACCCAGCGGCACAAACAUCCUUACAAACCAGGAUCUGGAACGGGAUGAGAAUGCAGCAGUAUUUCUUACGGGGAGCAAAAACAGGAUUGGACGUUUGUACAAAAAGGCCAUCUAUAAACAGUUUACCGAUGGAACUUACUCAAUCGAGGUUCCUAAACCUGACUGGCUUGGAUUUCUUGGCCCACUGCUAAGGGCAGAGGUGGAAGAUUUGAUUGUUAUUCACUUCAAAAACUUUGCAUCACGUCCCUAUUCUCUGCAUCCUCAUGGAGUCUUCUACAAGAAAGAUUCGGAAGGUGCUUUUUAUCCUGAUCGAACAUCAGGUAAACAUAAGGUGGAUGAUGCUGUUCCACCAGGAGGAAGCCACAUCUAUACAUGGAUAGUCAAGGAAGAGUAUGCACCUACAGAUGCUGACCCACCCUGUUUAACUUGGAUUUACCAUUCCCAUGUAGAUGCUCCAAAGGAUAUUUCCUCAGGUUUGAUCGGAGGACUGUUAACAUGUAAGAAAGGAAUUUUGGAUGAUGUGACACUGAACCGUAAAGAUGUUGACCAGGAUUUUGUCAUGAUGUUCAGCAUUGUGGAUGAAAAUCUGAGUUGGUAUUUAGAUGAUAAUAUAAAUGAGUACUGCGAUCUGCCAGCUGCAGUUGACAAAGAUGAUGAAGCUUUUCAGGAAAGCAAUAAAAUGCAUUCUAUCAACGGUUUUCUUUUUGGAAAUCUACCUGGGCUGAACAUGUGCCAUGGCCAGUCUAUUUCCUGGCACUUGUUUUCAAUAGGAAAUGAAGUUGAUAUUCAUUCAGCAUACUUUCAUGGCCAGACUCUCAUUAACAAAGGUCAUAAAGUGGAUGUCAUUAGUCUUUUUCCAGCUACAUUUGUCACAGUACAAAUGGUUUCCAGAAAUGUUGGAAAAUGGUUGUUAAGCUGCGAAGUGAAUGACCAUAUUAAGGCUGGCAUGCAGGCAUUGUUUGUUGUGCAGGAAUGUGGACACAACUAUUCAGAAACUACACUUACUGGUAAAGAGAGAAAGUACUUUAUUGCAGCUGAAAUGGAGCGGUGGAAAUAUGGUCCGACAAAUAAGAAUUUAUUCAACGGUCAGCCACUAGAUACAGAAGGAAGUGAUUCUGAGAUUUUCUUCAAGAGAAGUACUGAUAAAAUAGGAGGAGAAUACUGGAAAGUUCGUUACGUUGAAUAUAUUGAUGAAACCUUUAGCACUAGAAAAGAUCGAUUACAAGUGGAAGAACAUCUAGGAAUACUUGGCCCAGUAAUUAAAGCCGAAGUUGGAGACACGAUUUUUGUUACAUUUGUGAAUAAUGCAGACCGUGCCUACAGCAUUCAACCACAUGGUGUCCAUUUUACAAAGGUGUUUGAUGGAGUGAGCUACGUUGAUGGUUUUGAGAAAAAUGGUUCCCAUGUAGAGCCUGGCACAUCCUUCACGUACAAGUGGACAGUACCUGACCAUGUUGGACCUGCAGUGAACGAUCCGUCCUGCCUAACUUGGAUGUACUAUUCUGCCACCAAUCCAGUUGAGGACACCAAUUCAGGCCUUGUUGGACCACUGAUUGUAUGCAGACAGAAUACACUAAAUCCAGAUGGUUCACAGAAAGACAUAGAAAAGGAGUUUUACUUGCUGUAUACAGUUUUUGAUGAAAAUCUUAGCUGGUAUUUUUCAAAGAAUUUGGAGACAUUCGUUCAAAAUGCUUCCAACAUCGAUCAGGAGGAUGAAGAAUUUCAAGAAUCAAAUAAAAUGCACGCCAUCAAUGGCUACAUGUUUGGUAACUUGCCUGGACUAGAAAUGUGCAAGGGUGACAAUGUUUCAUGGCAUUUGAUUGGACUUGGCACUGAAAUCGACAUGCAUGGAAUCUAUUUUCAAGGCAACACAGUACAAUUCAGGGGGACCACCCAUGAUGUAUUCAGUGUGUUUCCUCAUACUUCUGCAACAGUCUUCAUGCAGCCUGACGAUAUUGGUACUUUUAAGGUCAUCUGCCGAACAGCUGAUCACUAUUUGGGUGGAAUGAAACAAAUGUAUCAUGUUAAAAACUGCAAUAAAAGUGUCCCAGACCAGGUUUAUGAAACAAUUCGAACAUACUACAUUGCUGCAGUGGAACUUGAGUGGGACUAUUGUCCUGACAGGAGCUGGGAGCUGGAAAGACACAAUGCAACGAAAGAAGAAAGUUUUGGCCAUGUGUUUGUUGGUACAGGGCAAGGUAAAAUUGGGUCCAGGUACAAAAAGGUUGUUUAUAGGGAGUUUACAGAUGGAACGUUCACCACACAGAAAGUAAGGCUGCCAGAAGAACAGCACUUGGAAAUACUCGGUCCAAUCAUUCGAGCAGAGAUUGGUGACAGUAUCAUGGUUAUAUUUAAGAAUUUAGCUUCCUUUCCUUACUCUAUCCAUCCACAUGGUGCAGAAGAGGUAAACAGUGGUAAACAUCUCAAAGUACCAGUUACCAAGCCAGGUCAAGUCAAGAUCUAUAGAUGGAAUGUUCCAGAAAGAUCAGGACCUGGUAUUGGAGACUCAAAUUGUAUCACCUGGAUUUAUUAUUCUGCAGUACGAUUUGUGAAGGAUCUAUACAGUGGUUUGGUUGGCCCUCUGGUAACCUGCCGUAAAGGAGUACUCACAAAGAAUGGCAUGAGGAAAGAUGUUGAUCGGGAAUUUGCUUUAUUGUUCAUGGUAUAUGAUGAAAAUGAAUCCUGGUACUUGGAUAACAAUAUCAUCACUUACCUCCAUGUGGACCCAACUAAAUUGAAGAAAACAGAUGAAUUUGUGGACAGCAAUAAAAUACAUGCAAUCAAUGGGAAGAUCUAUGGAAAUCUUCAUGGACUGACAAUGGUUAAAGGAGAGAAGGUUGAUUGGUAUUUGUUGGGUAUGGGAAAUGAAGUAGACAUGCACACUGUUCAUUUCCAUGCCCAGAGUUUUACCUAUAGGAUGGAUAACGAUUACCGAGCCGAUGUGUAUGAUUUAUUCCCUGGAACAUUCCAGACUAUAGAAAUGAUUGCAUCGAACCCGGGUAUUUGGCUGUUGCAUUGUCAUGUGGCUGAUCAUAUUCAUGCGGGCAUGGAAACCGUUUAUACUAUCCUGAAUCAUACAGACUAUGGAAGGACUACUUUGGAAAGUCAAUUUACAAUUGCUACAAUGAAAGGUACCCAGAUUAGUUGCUUCUCCCCAAGUUCUUUUUCUUGGCGACAAGCAGCUUAUGUUGAUGCCUACUGCUGGGCUUCGCUGCAUCGACCUUUACCAAAGCAUGAUGCAGAAAGAAUACCACUGUGGCUUCAUAAGGUGUUUCCAUAUGUUCUCCUGCUUGGAGCAAUCCUUAUGUAUAUUCCAGCCUUAUUUUGGCAGUUCACUGCAGCACCUCAGCUUUACGGAGAAUUGAAUUUUAUAAUAGAAGAGCUUGAUAAGGCUUACAAUCGUGGAAUCAGAUUAGCACAGCACAUUGCCAGCACCAGUGGAUUUGAUGUCAAUGGCUGGCCCCAAUCCUUUGGGGAACCGAGUGGUGCCAAGGAGAAAAGGGAGAACUUUUUCCAAUUCCCAAUCGUGGAGCGUUACUUGAAAUCGAAAGAAGACUCCUGGAGUAUGUUGACAUUAUAUCUUAUUCGCAAGGGCCUUGCUCUCACAUUUCUUAUACUUGCCUGCAUCUACUUGGGAUAUUACAUCUCUCUGACCUUUCUCACAGAUGAAUUCAGAUGUUCAGUCAAAACGGGUAUCUUGGGGAAUGAAACAAGCAUACCAGAAUUUUUUCAAUGCAAACUCAUUUCUGUUGGAAUUUUUCAACUUCUUAGUAUUGUCAACAUUGUUGUAUAUAUCCUCCUUAUACCAGUUGCAGUGUAUGGCAUGAUUUUUCCUUUCAGAAAAAACUUCACCUUUCUAAAGGUAUAUGAACUUUUGCCACAGUUUGAAGUGAUAAACAUUACAAAAGGCUAUUGGAAUGACUUGAAUCUGUACCUUCUAUUUCUCGAAGAAAAUAUCAGUGAAAUAAAAUCACACAAGUGCCUUAAGGUGCUAGAACACAUAAAAGGUAAGGGGUCAUUAGAACCAUCCAUGAUGGAUGCAAUGAUGCCUUUAAUUGCCCUUGGACAAGUGAAGUCGGAUACAGUGGAUGGUUUGGCCAAACACAAGAAAGCUGAUCAAAAAUCUGACCCCAAUGUGGACCAGAAUGCCACACAACUGAAAGGUGGUGGAAAGAAAUUAGACCAGUGACAAUCCUCAAGACGGAAGUCUGAACUGGUACUUGGUAACUCCUCUGGGGCUCCAGCUUGGUUAACAUUGCACAAUACCUCAAGGCUUGCACCUUGGCUACUGACCACCUGCAUGCAUUGUCCAUAGAGAUUGGCAUCGGGCACACACUAGCUUCAUCACAACAUUAUGGCUCAUCUCUAACACACUUACAACAUAGCUCCCCAGUUCAGUGCUUCACUUUGAAGUGCAUCAAUAUAUUUCAUUGUAGUUAUUUUAGUCAACCUAUUCAGACAUGCCAUGGGGUACCUGGAGUAAGUGGACUUGAAUUCAGACCUUCGGACCUAGAGAUAGGCACAUACCAUUGUGCGGUAUGGUCCUUUCAUCUUUCCUCGUAAUGCUUCUGCCAAAUCACUUCGUGUCCAGGGUCAGGAAUCCAUUUUAUUUAUCGGAAUAGCAGAAAUCUUAAAUCCCUUAGAUUGCUCUCUUUCUGCUCAAUUACUUUGUGCGCACAUGAAUGCUCACAGCAUCUCUCUCUUGCCUUGCCUUUUAUCAUAGAUACAAACUUGUCACAGUUGCCAGCAGUGAUCAGUCAAGGGGAAGGACAUGUUCCUGUGUGGCACCAUGCUACACAGUGUCACACCUGCACCAUGUGUUUGUACACAGAAAACAUACUUCAUGUGCUUUAACCAAAUGGCCAUGUCUCAAAGUCUAAAGGGAACAAGUCCUCAGUCAUGUCAAAUUGGACUAUCAUCAAUCAGAGGGUCCUUCAACAAUUAGUCAACAGCAGCUUCCAAUCGCAGUCCAAGGCUUGGGUGUGGUCAGUAGGCUGCUGUGGGCAGUUAUUAUGUUUUACUACAGUCCAGUUAGUGGACCACAUUCAGUCCUGUAGGUCCAGCUGGGUAUCAGUGGUAAGUCAGUCAGGGAGCUGCACAGAGAUCAGUCAGAGAUCUGAUCACUUUUGGUGAGUUCCGUGGAUAAUUUCUCUCCAUGAAGCCAAGUGGAUUUACUCAUACUUUCUUCCCAAACCCAUCUCAAUAUCUAUGUGGCAUGGACCUAUGAUGCCCCCUCAAUGUACUCUUCCACUCACUGCAGACAGAAGUACUCAUCACUGCUGGGACAUCCAGUGUUGUAUAUGAUGUCAAGUGCUGGCAGUUAGAACUACCCUGAACAGUUCCUGCCAUUUGACUUGGACAUGCCAGAAAAAAGAAAAUUGUGCAAAACAAAAGCAGAAAUUGCUGGUGAAACUCAGCAGA